CAGUGUAGUUACAUCAGUAGCAGAAACAUUAUUGAAGUACGAGCUUGCCUUCCAAGAGAAACCUGUCAAUAAAGUUGGUUCCAACUUGAAACAACGGUAACGCGAUCAAACUACGUAGACGAGCUUUUAGGGCUUCCUGAGAGCACUGUCUAAUGCUUCGCCUCCCUUCACUCCCAGAAUGGCAUUCUUGCACAGGAUAGUGGUAGUAGUUUGGCUGGCAUGGGUUGGUGGUAGCGGUGGCGGCGGGGGAGUGUGGGGCCUGGGAGGGGGUGGAGGCGGAGGGGGCACUCCCCGCCAGGAUGAUAUCUGCGGCGUUCACAAUGGCCGCCGUCUGUACCUGGAUCAAGGCGAUCGUGGCAUUCUCACUGCUAAAAAUGUUUCCACCACUCCUCAUCGAUCGCAGCAUUCGCAAUCACACGAGCAGUGCAGCGUGGAAAUCGUGACGUGUCCGUCGUGCGUGAUCAGCGUCCGCUUCCGGCAGUUAUCGCUUGCGGCCGGUUGCAGCGGCGGGGUGGGCGGGGGCGUGACCGACUCGCCCUGUCGCUGCGACUAUGUCUGGCUGUCGGAGCCGCCUUACGAUGACGUGUCCGGGACGCCAUUUUGCGGCACUUUUCCGCCAGCCGUCUCCGCGCUGCAGCCCGUCUACCGCUCGCAGACGCGCACGCUCGUGUUCACGCUGCUCUUCUCACAGAACCAUCGGCAUGCGUUCACGCUCGAGUAUUCCGCUGAACGAAACAGACAAAUCCUGAAAGGUUCGCCCGGCCUGGGUACAGUGAUGAACAGCAACAUAACACAGGGCGGCACUUUCAGUUCUCCGUUCUUUCCAGUGCAGUAUUCGCGGGACUACAAUGCUGAGUAUGUGGUCAAGUGUGAGGCUGACUCCUCUCUCACCUGUCGCAUCAGAGUCGUUUUCAGCGACUUCCUACUGGCUGAUAUGUCCAUCAUGGAGUUCUACGAUUGGAACGGACAGAGAUUGGAUGUCUCAAGUGGGAUUGAAUUUCGUCCACCUGUUAUCCUGUCAAGUGGACCGUCCCUCCUUAUCAGGUUCUAUGCUAACGGUGGAUCAGGCAUUGGCUACAAAGCAUCUUAUUCCUUCGUUACUGGAACAUACGAAGAGAAGUUGGUGAAACCAGUAACAGACUGUGGAGGAUACGUGGAAAAUCUGGGAGGGGCAAUCACAAUGAUGAAUAUGGUGGAUCGUGCCAAAGGCGAGAAAGUUCGAAUGUAUGACUGCAUCUGGCUCAUUAAACCUCCUGGCAACUUCUAUCAUCUCAAAACUCAUCUCUACCUGAAAAUUGGAACCUUUUUGGAUAUGGCUGGUAACACAGAACUGACCGUUAGACAAGGUGAAACUUCAGAGAGUCCUCUCCUGGAAACAAUGAGGUAUCCCAUGGCUCAACUGACUGGUUCCAGACCACGGCCCCAUAUGCGAGAGCAUGUUGUGCCUCUAAACACCGGAUUCUAUGUUUCCCUGAGAGGAACAUUCGGAUUGGCAUCUAGAUUGGCUAUCAUUUACUCGGCCUUCACUUAUAUGGAUUGCUACACUGGUUCAGACUUCCUCUGUCAAAAUCAUCGCUGCAUUCCUGCCAUUCUCAGUUGUGAUGGCUUCGAUCAUUGUGGGGAUGGAAGUGAUGAGCCUGAAUCCUGUUCAAGAGAGUGGGAUGCACAGCCUGUUGACAGACGGUGGUACUCUCACACACCCAACUACUAUUUCCCAAAAAUGGAACGCUAUCCGGACCUGAAAACAGCCACUCUUAUAUUUAUUGUCAGCAGUAUCGGUCUGAUAACACUGAUCGCAUCUCUUGUCAUCCUACUGUACAGAAUGGGCGCUCGAUCUCGUCAGCAGCGUGAACUACAGAAUAGAUUGCAAACAAUCAGCGAACUUCUAGAUGGAACACGCAUCGAAGAAGAGAUUCCAGUGGUGGAUGAGCCACCCGACUAUGAGGCACCUCCCGAUUACGAAGAAAUCAUCAAAUCGGCCACAGGCAGCGCGCAGCCUCGCAGGAAACGGCGACAGAGAAGGAGUCGCUCCAAUCCUGGCUCUCACUCUCUGAGCAGGCGUCUGGGUUCGCGGUCCCCGAGCCGUGACAGAGCGGAGGAGAGAGACAGAGAGAGUGUCGCUGUGGACUCUCUCGGCUACCAGAGUCUGUCUCCUCAGCUGGGGAUGGGGCUGGCAGUCAACCGCAGUUGUCAGGUCACCCCUGUUCCGGACUCCCCACCUCCACCCUACAGUCUCGACUAUGCCCACAUUUCUCGUAGGGAACAAGAAACCCGUGAAAUAGAAGCUUGGACCAACUUGACAGCCAACAUCGGCGACCUGUCACUGGUGAUAACUGCUCCAAGUCCUCAGAACAGUGACAUCCAGGAGAACAUGAUUACUUGCAUGAACACAGUAACUGGUACCGAGGAAGAGAGUCAGUCACUGUUACCGCCCAGUCCUGAUGAGGAACCAUCCGGUAUCAGUUCCCCAGAAACGCCUGAAAAUUUAAUGCAAGGCAGGAAUUUUGAUGGAGAACGACCACAUGAUCGCUAUGAACCGGUUGCUGUAAAUGAUGAAAGUAGCAACGAGAGACAGUGCACUUCGUUGAUCAGUAAUGAUGAAGGCAAUUUUCUGGAUGAAGAGUAUUCAUCGCCAACGUUUGUGAGGAGAAACAACCGGCAAAUCCGCGAUCGACACGUGUUCUCGCUGGACGUAGACCGGCUGAGACGGCGUGCGCAGGCGUCGUGCGACUGCGACGGCGCAUGCGCAUGUAUGUUGCGUUCACACAUGUCCACACCGUGCCGGUCCCCCUCUCCCUCCCCGCCCUCCUACAACCUGCAGGCGCUCGACAUCUAUUUCACGCAGCUCGAGAAUGGCGGAGUGGGUCAUUCAAACAGAAGACAUGGCGGCGGAUCGAGGCUGAGAUUGUGGCGAUCGCCAGAGAGCAGCUGUAUGUCGCUCAGCAUCGGAUCCGUUGAUAAUUUGCCCGAUCUUGUUUGAUCUAAUUAAAAUCAAAUCAAACUACUUCACUAUUCACUGGCAUAUUACUUUUCUGUUAAUGUCAAUCACUCACACAUAACUCCCCAGAAAUACUGAUGAAAGAAAAUGAAGCUGGCAUAAUGGUUUUGAAUGGUUCUCAAUGUAUAUUCACAGAAACUGUGGAGAUACAUAGUAUCCAGAGGGUGUAUUAGUGAGGAGCAUGUUACAGGGAUGUGUAGUUUAUGUAAUAGCAGUCGUUAGGUCAUGUCAGUGGUCCUGAAAUUGAUCAGUUGCGACCUGAAAACUCUGACACCAGACCUGAGCCAGCCAGGUCACUCGAUAUUGUUAUUAUCAUCAUUCAUAGUAUCACUCCCCACAAUACUAUUUAGAUGAAAACGGUAGGUCACGAAAUGUAUGCGCAGUGGCCAGCCAGCUAGAUUGCGUCAUCACCACCAACCGAGGUUUUUAACACCUAUUGGCAAUUUAUGAAACUUAUUUGUUAAAAACAGAUGAUUGGAUAUAAAAUGACGUCAGCUACACCGGAAAUUUAGCACAAACAAGCGCGUGACACCUACCGUCUUCUUCUGUAUACCAUGUCACUCCCACAUAUCAGUAACACAUUCCGUGUCUAUUCAGUGAAAAUAUUCAUCUCAUAAGUUCUAAUUCAGGA